GCUAAGGCGACCGCGCAGUCCUUUGUCUAACCUUAAAAUAAAAAUAAAUAAAUGAAUGACCUCAUCCACCCGCAACUAUUGCUGACUGGCAGUUUUCUGCACCGCAUAGUCUCCUCUCUAAAAGGAACGUUACUACAACGCAAAGACAGCGUUCUUAUUCUGCCCUUCACAGGCUUCCGUAGAAAUUUCCCCUCAGUCUCCUGUAGUCUGCGGCUCUGCCAUCUGUGGUGAGAAGUACCCGUGGGCAGCUAUAUCAAAGCCAUGGAGCAGAUCAAUAAUAUUCAGGUGGUUCCGUGCACCAGCUCUAACUAUCUGAGACCGUUUAGGGUGCAUUAUAAUCAGCCUCCUACACAGUUCACGUUGUGAACGGAGUGCAGUGCUUCAGUGUUUACGUCAGAACAAGGAAUGGAACAAAGAAGUCCUGGGACUUUAUGCAAACCCAUGAUAGUGUCUCUGUGCUGAUUUUCAACACCACCUCACACUGUUUUAUCCUGGUCAAGCAGUUCCGCCCAGCUGUGUACAUGAGCGAAUGGGAGCGGAGCAAACCUAAGCCCCUUCAGCCUGCGGAGGAAGAGUCAGCGGAAGCCCCACCAACAGAAGCUAAAGUCCCGGAAGAGAACCAAACAGGAGACUCAAGCGAAGAGACGGCAAGCCCCCAACCUCCAGCUUCAGCCGGCGUGACCUACGAGCUGUGCGCAGGCUUGGUGGACAAACCCAACCUUUCUCUAGAGGAGAUUGCCAGGCAGGAAGUGCUGGAAGAGUGCGGAUAUGAUGUUCCAGUUACCAAACUGAGAAAGAUCACGUCAUACAGGUCAGGAGUCGGAGUGACUGGAUCGAAGCAGACCAUGUUCUACGCUGAGGUGUCCGAAGAGAAUCGCGUCGGAGAGGGAGGAGGUAAACCCCAAGAGGGCGAAUUGAUCGAGGUGGUCAAAGUUCCCCUGCACGAAGCUAUGACCUUCGCCUUUGACGAGAGCCUCCCGAAAACAAUGGGUGUCAUUUUCAGCUUCAUCUGGUUCCACAGCAACAUGUCACCGAAGUACAAGAUCUCCACCAAUGUCUAACAUAACGGUUCCAAGCCAUCCUCUGAAAUACAAGUCAUUACAUACAUUUUUAUAUAUAGUAUUCAAAAUGAUCACUAACUGUUAAUUUUUUUGUUAUUUCUUACACUUUUAUCUGUUUGUUGUGGUUAUAGCUAUUGUCUUAUUUCAAAAUGAAGCUGCACUCGUGUGCUAUUUGCUUUCCACGGGAGCUAACACAUCCCAAUCGGUUAACCAUAGAACUGAAGAGGUUCAUUGUGAGUUUGUUUUGUGUAACCGAAUGCUUUGUUUUUAACAUGUCAGGAAUUUCAGCCAGCCAUUUGAAAUCGCACCACAGCCCUUAAAGACUUUGUAAUGGUGAUCUCUUCCACUCUAAUAUGAGAGGGCAAGAUCUGAAAGACUGUGUUGAUACCAUCAGAGAGAGAACAUCAGACCUGGAUCAUUCACGUUUGAAGCUGUACAAUGAGGUCAGAAAGUGACCGUAUAUAGCCAUAUUCCAAUUUUGCAGUUUAGAAGAAUAACAUUCAUUUAAAUAAGCAAGUAAAUAAUAACAAUAAUUAAUGUGAAUUAUAUGUAAACAACACAGGCAGCUACCCAAAUGAGCCACUUCUUUAAAACAAUCAUUGACAAAGAGAAUCAGUUACGCUCUUGCAUAUAUCUCAGGUCCAAAGCUGACUUUGGGACAUUCAGGGUUCGUGACAAUGCUGAAAAAUACUGAGGUGUUUUUUAUUGCCGCUUAACGUUAAGUUGAUAUUCUGAGUGUGUUUUUUGCACAGAAUUUAUGAAAUAUCUACUACAAAAACCUAAAGUAUGAGUACAGUGUUAGUACUACAGGUUUAAAGCUGCUUUGCCAUAAUCAUAAUCUUAACUGUAACAACAUUCUGAAUUCUUUCAGAACUUAUGGAAUAGAAUAUAUUAGGAGUGCAUGAGCUUGCCUGCUGAAAAUAUUUUAGAAAAUAUUUUCAAAUACCAUAUAGUGUCAAAAGACUUGGUACCUCCUAAAGUCACAGGAACAAAAAGUAGUGGCUUUCUAAAAUCCAUUGAAUACUAUACUUGAAAAAUAUUUGUAUUGCUGUUGCGGUUUACUGUAUGAAUAUAUAGGGUGAUGACUAUAAAUGCUUGAAUAUAAUCAAUAUACCCUCAAUAUUCUUCAUGAUACCUCCAAGAUUUGAGAGGCUGCUUGCAACUUUACUUACAAACAUUUAAAGGUGAGCUGAAGCUUUCUGAAUCAGAUACUCUAUUUAGUUCAGUUCAAAUUCUCUUAAGCACAAAGCAUUCACUAGUUAAAUUUCAAUCGAUCGAUCGAUCAAUCAAUCAAUCGUUUUUUUUCCUAUAUCUUGUUGGCUUAAUUAUUUUGUGAAGGAUGUUGAAGUGCACAAACAUUUGUUAAUGCUAUCGUUGUUCUUGUCUUGACAACUAUCACCGCCAUAUUAAAUAAAUUCUAUAUUGUUAGCUGAUUGGA